AUCUUAUGUCAUUUCCGGUUCUACCGCAACGAAGAACGAGCGGAGAACCACACGAUCUUUCCGACGGCCACUUUGAUAAAAUUUGUGAAAAAUGUCGCUGAUCUCCGCUCGUUUGGCCUCUUCGGUGGCCAGGCGUAUCCCUAAUGCUGCUACCCAGGUGUCCAAGGUGGCCGUGCCGGCGGUGUCGGUGGCGGCGCGCAAGCUGCACGUCGCUUCCACGCAGCGAGCCGCCGAGAUCUCCACCAUCCUCGAGGAGAGGAUCCUGGGCGCCGCACCCAAGUCUGACUUGGAAGAGACUGGUCGCGUAUUGAGCAUCGGAGACGGUAUUGCUCGUGUGUACGGUCUGAAGAACAUCCAGGCUGAGGAGAUGGUGGAAUUCUCCUCCGGUCUUAAGGGAAUGGCCCUUAACUUGGAGCCCGACAACGUUGGUGUGGUGGUGUUCGGUAACGACAAGCUGAUCAAGGAGGGAGACAUUGUCAAGCGUACCGGAGCCAUCGUGGACGUGCCCGUCGGUGAACAGCUGCUGGGUCGCGUGGUGGACGCCCUGGGUAACGCCAUCGACGGCAAGGGCCCCCUUGGAACCGACACCCGCAUGCGAGUGGGUAUCAAGGCCCCCGGUAUCAUCCCCCGUGUGUCUGUGCGCGAGCCCAUGCAGACUGGUAUCAAGGCCGUGGACUCCCUGGUGCCCAUCGGCCGUGGCCAGCGAGAGCUGAUCAUCGGCGACCGUCAGACCGGCAAGACCGCCCUGGCCAUCGACACCAUCAUCAACCAGCAGCGCUUCAACAAGGGAGACGACGAGAAGAAGAAGCUCUACUGCAUCUAUGUCGCCAUCGGACAGAAGCGUUCCACCGUCGCGCAGAUCCUCAAGAGGCUGACUGACGCUGGCGCCAUCAACUACACAAUCAUCGUGUCGGCCACGGCCUCCGACGCCGCUCCUCUGCAGUACCUGGCGCCCUACUCCGGCUGCGCCAUGGGAGAGUUCUUCCGCGACAACGGCAAGCACGCGCUGAUCAUCUACGACGAUCUGUCCAAGCAGGCCGUCGCCUACCGACAGAUGUCUCUGCUGCUGCGUCGUCCCCCGGGUCGUGAGGCCUACCCCGGAGACGUGUUCUACCUCCACUCGCGUCUGCUCGAGCGUGCGGCCAAGAUGUCCGACAAGAUGGGCGGUGGCUCCCUGACCGCUCUGCCCGUGAUCGAGACCCAGGCCGGAGACGUGUCCGCCUACAUCCCCACCAACGUGAUCUCCAUCACUGACGGACAGAUCUUCUUGGAGACUGAGCUGUUCUACAAGGGUAUCCGGCCCGCCAUCAACGUCGGUCUGUCCGUGUCCCGUGUGGGUUCCGCUGCCCAGACCAAGGCCAUGAAGCAGGUGGCCGGUUCCAUGAAGCUGGAGUUGGCCCAGUACCGUGAGGUGGCCGCCUUCGCGCAGUUCGGUUCCGACCUGGACGCCGCCACGCAGCAGCUGCUGAACCGUGGCAUGCGGCUCACCGAGCUGCUCAAGCAGGGCCAGUACGUGCCCAUGGCUAUUGAGGAGCAGGUUGCCAUCAUCUACUGCGGUGUCCGCGGUCACCUGGACAAGCUGGACCCGGCGAAGAUCACCGCCUUCGAGAAGGAGUUCUCGCAGCACAUCAAGACCUCGCACUCUGGCCUGCUGUCCACCAUCGCCAAGGACGGACAGAUCACCAAGGAGUCCGACGAACAACUCAAGAAGAUCGUCACCGACUUCAUCGCCACCUUCACCCAGGCGUAAAUAGAAUAAUCAACGGUUGACAUAACAUUGCACCUCACACCAUCAGGAAAAAUCGUCAAAAAC